CACAGAUUCAGAAGGACAGAGCUCUGGGAUACAUCCACGUUGACAACAGCGAGUUGUAAGAGCGACUGAUCUCUCCUGCCUCUGUGUUGACUCAGUGUUGGGAUUUCUUGAGGAACUUUAUUUCCUGUAAUUGAGCUUGCUUUUGAAAAUAAGCCUUUCUCUUUAAGCUGCAGUUGUCGUCUCUCAUCAGAAUGAGGUCCCUGGCCUUUGGCCUCUUCUGCCUGUUGUGCUGUAACGCAGUACGACUGGACAGACGCCGUCCCAGACCCAUCCUAGCCAGAGGGAAAAAUGAGACAAAUGUCCAAACCAAAGCAGUGGAGACCACUUGUAAAGCCAUCCCGCUGGAUUUCGUCUUUGUCAUCGACAGCUCCAGAAGCAUCCGUCCCAACGACUACGAGAAGGUCAAAACCUUCAUCGUCAACCUGCUUCAGUUCCUUGAGAUUGGUCGUGAUGCGACGCGUGUUGGUCUCCUCCAGUAUGGCAGCGUGGUGCAGCCCGAGUUCUCCCUCAACACCUACACCACCAAGGCUGAGGUGGAGCAGGCAGUGAGGAAUAUGUCGCACCUCGCCACAGGGACCAUGACCGGUCUGGCCAUCGAGUACACCAUGGAGACAGCCUUCACUGAGGAACACGGAGCCCGACCGGCAGACCUCCACAUCCCGCGAAUUGCUAUGGUUGUGACCGACGGGAGACCUCAGGACACGGUGGAGGAGAUUGCAGCUCAGGCGCGGCAGGCUGGCAUCCAGAUCUUUGCUAUUGGAGUGGGUAGGGUGGAUAUGAACACCCUGAAGGCCAUAGGGAGUGAGCCCCACUCUGAGCAUGUGCACCUCGUGGCCAACUUCAGUCAGAUAGAAACCCUGAUCUCUGUGUUCCAGUCCAAACUCUGCGGAGGUUCAGAGAUGUGCGAGGUGGUGGAUCAUCAGUGUCAGCACAUCUGUGUUAGCAGCCCUGCGUCGUACAGGUGCAAGUGCAGGAAGGGAUUCACCCUGAACUCCGAUGGCAAGACAUGUAAAGAGAUCGAUCACUGUGCUGACGGCAGCCACGGCUGUGAACAGGAGUUCAUGAACACAGAAGACUCCUGUGUGUGUAAAUGUAGAAAAGGAUUCACUCUCGGACCAGACGGGAAAACAUGCAAGCCCGAGGACACGUGUGCUGUGGUGGAUCACGGCUGCCAGCACAUCUGUGCCAACCUGCCUGAUGGCUACGAGUGCCGCUGCCGUCCAGGAUAUGAACUCACCAUUGACUUGAAGACAUGCAACAAAAUAGACUACUGUGACCUGGGAAACCAUGGCUGUGAGCACAACUGUGUCAGCGUUCCAGAGUCCUACAUCUGCAGGUGUAAGAAGGGCUACAUCCUCAAUCAGGACGGCAAGACCUGCAGCCAGAUAGAUCACUGUGCUGACGGCAGUCACGGUUGUGAACAGGAGUUUAUGAACACAGAAAGCUCCUGUGUGUGUAAAUGCAGAGAGGGAUACACUCUAAGGCCGGACGGGAAAACAUGCAAGCCGAUUGAUCACUGUGCUAAAGGCGCUCACGGGUGUGAGCAGGAGUUUAUGAACACAGAAGACAGCUGUGUGUGUAAAUGCAGAGAAGGAUACACACUCAGGCCAGAUGGGAAAACAUGCAAGCCGAUUGAUCACUGCGCUAAUGGCGCUCACGGCUGUGAGCAGGAGUUUAUGAACACAGAGGACAGCUGUGUGUGUAAAUGCAGAAAAGGAUACACACUCAGACCUGAUGGGAAAACAUGCAAAAAGUUAGACCAUUGUGCCGAUGGGAAACAUGGCUGUGAGCAGGAGUUUGCGAGCACGGAAGAUUCGUGUGUGUGUAAAUGCAGGAAAGGAUUCACGCUGAGGCCUGACAGAAAAACAUGCCAGAGUCUGGAUCUAUGUCAGACGGUGGACCAUGGCUGUGAGCAUCAGUGUGUCAGCACCACAGACUCCUACAUCUGCAAAUGUUUUGAAGGCUUCGUGCUGGCAGAGGACGGGAAAAGCUGCAAAAGUAUGAUCUCAGGCUACUUUGACACAGACUCCUUCUGGUCAGACUUAAAGAUAAACUGCAUGAAACGUGUAUUCUUAAUGUUUCCGACAGAGCCUGAGUGUGGCGACGGAGUCAUGGAUCUCGUUUUUGUGAUCGACGGCUCCAAGAGCCUUGGCCCCGCCAACUUUGAGCUGGUUAAGCAGUUUGUAAACGGUAUCGUGGACUCUCUCGACAUCUCCAGGACAGGCACGCACGUGGGCCUCCUUCAGUACUCCACCAAGGUGCGCACAGAGUUCACCUUGGGCCAGUACGCCUCAGCGCGGGACAUCAAACGGGCCGUGGCUCGUAUGCAGUACAUGGGGAGAGGCUCCAUGACCGGCUCGGCCCUACGUCACAUGCAUGAGCUCAGCUUUUCAGCCAAAGAGGGAGCCAGGCCAAACGUCCCGCGUGUCAGCAUCGUGUUCACCGAUGGCAGAUCACAGGACGAUGUUUCCGAAUGGGCCACUAAGGCAAAGAACUCUGGGGUCACAAUAUAUGCACUGGGUGUCGGUAAAGCCAUUGAACAGGAGCUGAGAGAAAUAGCGUCGGAGCCUGAUGAGAAGCAUCUGUAUUACGCUGAGGAUUUUGAAAAAAUGGGGGAAAUUACAAACAAACUGAAGUCAAGGAUAUGUAAAGAUAAACCGUCUGAUGAAAGCGCGUGCCAGUGUGAGAACCUGAUAGCCUUUCAGAACCAAGUCAGUGAGAAGCUGAAGGACCUGGUUCAGAAUAUUGAAUCCAUGACGAAGAGGCUCGAGACUCUCGAGAAUCAACUUGUGCACAAAUGAACGCCUGAGACUCAUCCGUCGCUCCUCUGACCCGCGGCGUGGCGUUCAGGAGGGGGGGGGGCCCUUUAAUCCUGCUCGAUAAGCUAAGCUGAGACAUAUGUUAAAUGGAAGAUAUUUAUACACUUUUCUAACAACAUUUUUGUUUAAAAUGUUCAAGACCAUGCGAGUAACUUUGUACAGCAGACUGACAAUUAAACAUUUUAUACUUCA